AUGCAGCGCUCGCGGACGGCCGCGGACGACGCGGCUCUGCUCCUGGCCGGGCUGGGCCUGCGCGAGCCGGAGCCGACCGCCGACUCCCCGGGGCGCGUGCGGCGCGGGCCUCGGGCCGCCGACGAGGCGGCGCCCGCGGCGGGCCGCAGAGUCAAGGGCGGCGGCGGCGGCGGCCUCGAGGCCGCGCCCGACGUCCCCAGCCGCCCCGAGCGAGGCCCGCGCGCCAGCCUGGCGGGUUCGGACGGCGGCAGCGCGCGCUCCAGCGGCAUCAGCCUGGGCUACGACCAGCGCCACGGCCUCGGUCCCGGGCCGCCGUCGGGGGGCAGCGCGCGCUCCAGCGUAUCCAGCCUGGGCUCCCGCGGCUCAGCGGGCGCCUAUGCCGACCUGCUGCUGCCCGGCGUCGGCCCCGCGCCCGCCCGCUCUCCGGAGCCCGCCCCGUUCCCGUUGCCGUCGCUGCCGCUACCCCCGGGCCGGGACGGUGGCCCGAGCGCGGCCGAGCGGCGGCUGGAGGCGCUCACGCGGGAGCUGGAGCGCGCGCUUGAGGCGCGCACGGCGCGAGACUACUUCGGCAUUUGUAUCAAGUGUGGGCUUGGCAUCUACGGAGCGAGGCAGGCGUGCCAGGCCAUGGGGAGCCUGUAUCACACCGACUGCUUCAUCUGUGACUCCUGUGGGAGACGACUCCGCGGGAAGGCCUUCUAUAACGUGGGUGAGAAAGUGUACUGCCAGGAGGACUUCCUGUACUCCGGGUUCCAGCAAACUGCUGACAAGUGCAGCGUGUGUGGACAUCUUAUCAUGGAGAUGAUCCUACAGGCCCUUGGCAAGUCCUACCACCCGGGUUGCUUCCGCUGCUCAGUGUGUAACGAGUGUCUGGAUGGUGUUCCCUUCACCGUGGACGUGGAGAACAACAUCUACUGCGUUAGAGACUACCACACGGUGUUUGCUCCAAAAUGUGCUUCCUGUGCCCGCCCUAUCCUCCCUGCCCAGGGCUGUGAGACAACCAUUCGUGUGGUGUCCAUGGACAGAGACUACCACGUGGAGUGUUACCACUGUGAGGAUUGCGGGCUCCAGCUGAGCGGGGAGGAAGGACGCCGCUGCUACCCCCUGGAGGGGCAUCUGCUCUGCCGCCGGUGCCACCUGAGGCGCCUUGGACAGGGCCCGCUCCCCUCGCCGGCUGUGCAUGUGACUGAGCUCUGAGAAGCAGCCAUCCGGAGAGAAGGGUGACCCACGCUCCUGUCUUCUCCCUUCCACCGAGCUGCUGUCCCUUCCGCAGGGGCCGGACCCCCGCGACAAAUAAGCGACUUCUAUUUAUUCACCUUCCGUGCCUCAAGCCACUUCCCCUGCUGGGUUCCGGGACACCUGCACCCUGCAGCCUUGGGAUAGGCCACCUUCCUCCUCCUGGCCUCAGCUCCCAGAGGCAGGGCCUUGGUGCCAUGGGGGAAGGGUGCCUUAUUUGUGUGCGAUCACAGCCAGGGCAGUGACACCUGGGAAACACCAGGUUUGGCCUUGAUGGGUAUUUUCAGCCACAGGUCUCUGCCUCUCUGGAUCCCGGCAGGGGUGGUGCCUUUCUAGCAUCCUCAACCUCAGAAGACCCUGAACGAAUCCCAGGCACAGAGAGCGAGCCCACCAGAGCUCCCUGCGACUCCGGGGAGCAUCUGUGCACACUGUAUCCGGCUCUACCACAAAACCAUGUGAUUUGACUUAAAUUAAGUUCCUCUCCAGAGGAUGUUUUCAUUUUCUUUAAAAGAAUAUAGUUUUCUUCUAAAAACUUGGACCAAGUUGGGUGUUAUCUUAGUCACAGCAGAUUCAUGAUCGCACAUGGCCUGUACCACGUAGCUAGAGUUGCGAUGUUAAGGACACGGCCUGUACCACGGCGGUAAGGACACGGCCUGUACCACGUAGCUAGAGUGGCGGUGUUAAGGACAUUUGUAGUUUUAACUAUUUUUCCAUGAGUUCUAGAAUGUCGCCACAUCUGCUUCAGAUUUCAGUGUGGCGUGGAGUGUCAGCAUCUUAGGGAAAGGGACCUCGUGAGCUUCAGGCAGGGCAGAUGUAAAUUAGAUUUUCUUUGGAGAGAGAGUACUUCCUGGGUACUCUGAAGUACUGGCAAGAUUUUGAGGCUGGUUAAUGAAGACAUUGAACCUAUGCUUGUGCGACCCUGGCCAGAAUCCUUUGUUGCCAGUGCUGGGUGUGGCGUGGCUUUGGUUUUGUUAAUUGUUUAUUUCGAGUCAGGGUCUCCCUUUGUGGUAACCCAGGCUGGCCUUGAAUCUCCGAGCCUCCUUCAUGAACCUCUGGACCAAUGUUUGUGAAAGCUUUGGCAGAACUGAGCACUACUGUUGCCAGGGAAACUGAGACUUCCCUUUUAGGGUUCUUCAUCUCAAUUUAAAAG